CGGCGGUGCGCAGGCGCGGAGCCGAGUCCCGCUGGGCCGCAGCCGGUGGCCGGCUCGCCGUGGGCCCGUACCCGGCUCUCCACGCUCGGUUCCUCUCGCUCUGCGGAGACUGGAGGACGGACCCCGCGGAGCUGUGGCGGCAGAAUGGCGCAGACCGCCAUGUCCGAGACUUACGAUUUCUUGUUUAAAUUCUUGGUCAUCGGAAAUGCGGGAACUGGCAAAUCUUGCUUGCUUCAUCAGUUCAUUGAAAAGAAAUUUAAAGACGACUCAAAUCAUACCAUAGGAGUGGAAUUUGGCUCCAAGAUAAUAAAUGUCGGUGGUAAAUACGUGAAGUUGCAGAUAUGGGACACGGCUGGCCAGGAGCGGUUCAGGUCUGUGACGAGAAGCUACUACAGAGGUGCAGCUGGGGCACUCCUUGUCUAUGACAUCACCAGCCGAGAAACCUACAAUGCGCUUACUAAUUGGUUAACAGAUGCCAGAAUGCUGGCGAGCCAGAACAUCGUCAUCAUCCUUUGCGGGAACAAGAAGGACCUGGAUGCUGACCGUGAAGUCACCUUCCUUGAAGCCUCCAGGUUCGCACAAGAGAAUGAGCUCAUGUUCCUGGAAACCAGUGCACUGACUGGCGAGAACGUCGAAGAGGCUUUCAUGCAGUGUGCAAGGAAAAUACUUAACAAAAUUGAAUCAGGUGAGCUGGACCCUGAGAGGAUGGGCUCUGGCAUCCAGUAUGGAGACGCUGCCCUGAGACAGCUACGGUCACCUCGACGCACACAAGCUCCAAGUGCACAGGAGUGUGGCUGCUAAGCACCCCGUGACACAGGUUCGGUGGUGGCUUCUGGAGCCCAGCUGCUGGAACCUGAAGGGCCUGGAGUUUUUACUACCAUCUUUUCUACUCUGCACAGAAGUAGAUCUUCCCGGGGAGCGGUGCACACUGGCAGCCGGGGCUCCGCAGCCGUUCUGUGAACCAACGCAGCGGACAGUACCUUUAGAUGCCACUUGUAUGCAGAUCCCUGCCCCACAUGUACCCCUCAUGUUCCGUUAAGUCGAGCUUGUGCUGCACACAGCCCAGCACGUUCCCACAGCACAGAGCCAGUGUGACACGAUAGAAUCCUGCACUCGCUGAGCUUUUCUUUUAAAACUCACAGGAAAUGUGGCUGUGAAUGAGAGAGAGAGCGUGCUUCCCUCAUUGCGUUGGUUACACGUCUGACUCCCUAUGAAGGGACUCCGGUGUGAACAGCCACUGCGUUUCUUAUUUAAUCCCUCUGACCCCCUUUUACACUGUUUCUGUGAUCCACACCUGAAAUGCUAAACCCACAGGACUCAGUAACACCUGGAAAUAAAGUGGAACCAAGUUUCUCAUGCACAGUAAACUGUCCUGCUCUGUGGACUCAGGUCAGCCUGCCCAUCCUGCUUGGCUUCCUUGUCACCCCCACCGUCUCCCUGCCAGAAGACCCUAGCAGACUACGGUGCUUUCCUUAAGGCUCAGUGUAAGGGCCUCACUGCCUCUUUUCACGUCUUACGUUCUUUGAGGUCGUUUUCAGGAAACUCACCACCUCUAGAGCAAAGGCUAUUAUUGCUUAUUAAGAAAUCUUGGGCUCAAAGUGCCUCGGUUUGCACGUGCAGAGCCCUGGGCCUGAUCCCCAGCAAACACCUCCACAGCACACACAUUAUCUCACGCCAGGGGUGGUGGUGCACACCUAGAAUCCCAGCACUCA